CAACCAACCUCAUAAACUCCAUCCAACUAUCAAACCACACAGCUCCAUGGAUGCCAAACUGAUGGUGGCCACAGAUCCUCGUGAUGUGAAGAAGUUGAAGGCUGUCCUGAACAAGGACGAUGCCGUGGCAAUGGUCGUGGUUACUGCGACGAGCAAGAAGCCUUCCGAGGAAGACAAAUCCUCAACUGGUAACAUCAACCCCCUACUGCUUUCAUCUGCGCGAAGAGGUUUCUGGGGGGAAUUGAAAGUCCUCCUCGAGAUGGAAGAUGCUGAAAUUCCACCAAUCAUGAUUCCUACUAAAGAAUAUUUGGAGUUAGCAAGAAUUGUGGUGUCAACUGCUCGUGAUGUAGAACAGGGCGUUGACCACCAUCCUGGUGCUUCGCUUGCACCUGGGGCACUUCUCAAAGGUGUCACACCUGAUGGGGAUACUGCACUACAUGCGGUCGCCGGCAAAGGGGAUGACCAGAAUUUCUUGAAGUAUGCCGGCAUCAUCUACGGAAGGGACACCGGCCUCCUGUUCGAGAAGAAUCACAAAGGUGACACGCCCUUGCAUUCUGCUGCCCGAGCUGGGAACUCCAAAAUGGUUUCUCAUCUCAUUGAUCUAGCUGCACGUGAGGGUACCGACGCGAAGCUCAGACUCCUGAGGAUGGAAAACAAGCGUCGCGAGACGGCCCUGCACGAGGCUGUCCGAUUUGAAGACGGUGGAAUGCUGGGUGAAAAGGAGAGAGAAGCAUUGCUUGGUGGUGCUGACAUCGCGGCAGAAGCAAAGAAUAAGGAUGGUGCUGAUGUCACACUAGAAGAGAAAAACAUAGUCAAGCUGCUAAUGGGUGCUGAUCCCGAAUUGGCUAAUUAUCCUGCAGACCACAUUUCACCAUUGUACCUAGCCAUCUUGCUGGGGAAGAGUACCGUUGCACUGACUCUAUAUGAUAAGAGUGAUGGCAAUCUCUCCUACUCCGGGGCAGAUGGACAAAACGCCUUGCAUGUUGCUGUUGUUCGAGACAGAGACCCAGAACCCUGAAAAUAAAAUACACCGUGCCUUAUGGUCUGUCGGCGCGAACCAGGGUGCCCUUCGCUGGGAUAAGAUUGAGGAAAUGUAUAGGCAGCGUAUAAAUCCGGAUCACGAGGAGAAAGAAUCGGAGAGGCUGAAAGAUGCGACACAAACGCUUAUCAUUGUUUCGGUCCUAAUAUCAACUGUGGCCUUCAGUGCAACAUUUGCCCUUCCUGGAGGUUUCAUAGCCGACGAUCAUACAAACGGAGGCACGCCAACACUUGCUGGGAGUUAUGUUUUCGACGCGUUCAUAAUGGCCACCACAUUAGCUUUCAUCUGCUCUGCACUAGCUACAGGUGGCUUUGCAGUUGCUGCAGUUCCCAUGGUUAACUUAAAGGCCCGCACAAAGAACUUUCUUUUAUCAGCGCUUGUCUUGUGGAGUUCAGUAACGUGCAUGUCUAUUGCUUUUGCGCUGGGUGUGUACAUGGCGUUAGCUCCGGUUACUCGCAUUACUGCUGUUUCAGUUUGUGUUAUUACUCCUACCAUAAUGCUAAGUACAAAUAUGGAAGCUAUUACUACAAUGGUUACACUUGCUCCACCAUUACUAAUUAGGAAAGGUUUAUUCCAAGG